AUGCAGACAAUCCUGCACCACAACGGCAGCGGUUCAGCGGCGUACACCAGCACGCUGAAGCGACGUGAAGUGCACCGCGCUAUCACGCUGCAUCCUGUCAAAGAUCAUCGACAAAUGUACAGACUGCACACUUAUUUCAAGAACCUUCGUGUCCAGGAGUUGAAAGAGCGUUCGUUGGACCUGCAUAGGGACAUCGCCGCGUCCGUGCAAGAGCUGGGUGUGGAAGUCGACAAGGUAGAGAACUAUGUGCUGCCGGGCGGGGAGCCUCUCUUCCCGCAUAAGAUGGGAGAGGACGGGUAUUUAGGAAACAAUAGGAUAUUAGCCGCACGGGAACAGCUUGUAUACAAUGUCACAGAACACUCAUAUCUUAGUAAACGUCUUUUAGUUAAAAUCUUUUAUGCUUUGGCAUUUCUUUUGUACCUCCUUCAUGAAUACACGAAAGCUGAACUGUUCCCAAAGUUUAACUUUUAUGACUGCAUAAUUUCAGGUACGGAGAUAAGAGAGUUACCGAUCGGCGAGCCUCCUCCCCCCGAGGAGCCGUCCAUCCUGGAGCAGGUGGAGGGCGUGGAGUACGAGGACUUCGACGAGCCGAGCCAGCAGCAGGGCUUCCUGGAGCGGCUGGGCGUGCGCGGCGCGCUGGAGAGCGGCCUCAUGCGCAUACACAGCAACCUGCCCAAGGUGCUGCAGUGGAAUGAUGACGAGCUCGAGUACCCGCUUUAUGACAGACGCAUUAACUUCAUCAUGCCGCUCUCCGGCAGACAGGAAACCUUCGGUAGAUUCAUGAAGAAUUACGAGGAUAUCGUACUCAAAACUGAUCAGGUGGUGUCUUUAAUUAUAGUGCUGUAUCUAGAUAGUAAAAACCCAGUGGAUUACGUGAACGCACAGUCUCUAGUCAAGUAUUACACGGAUAUGUACAGCAAAGAUAUAAGAAUAAUACAAAUGGGUUCGACAACUUUCUCGAGAGGCGCCGCUCUAACUGAGGGGCUGAAGCUGUGCCAGGAUGAUGACCUGAUCUUCUUUAUCGACGUGGAUAUGAUGUUCAACCAUCUAUCGCUGAGGAGAAUUAGAAUAAAUACGAUAAAGUACACACAAGUGUACUUCCCCAUUGUAUUCAGUGAGUUCAACCCAGACGUGGUGAACGGUGAAGAUUAUAAUAAAUUUAAAGACGAAAUAUUAAUCGCGGACGAUGAUAUUGGGAAGUUCGUUGAAGAAGAAGAAGAAGAGGAACCUAAGACUGAACGAGAGCUCGCAGACUUGAAGUACAGCACGGAGAUAAACGACGACAAUGGAUACUUCAGACAGUACGGUUUCGGUAUCUUAGGCUUGUUUCAUUCUGUGGAUUGUGAUAAGAAUUUGGAGAAGAGUCAGUUCCUUAUGUGCUUGGGUACGAAGGCGUCUACGUACGGCAGCGACAAGCACAUGGCGUACUACAUGCUGAACCAUCAGGAGGUGCUGUGGCCGCAGGAACAGAAUAAUAAUGAACAAACGAACGAAGGCGACGUAGAUAAAAAAGAAGUUAAAGAAAAAGGUGCUAGCUAAUACAGGGUUAUAUCGCCAGUCUUAAAAUUCGGAACAAAGAGUAUGUAUCGUAUCAAUUCGGAAAAAGUGAGGUUAUGUUUUUUGUUGUUCCACAGACUAUAAUGUUAUAGAACAGACAAUAGAUAGCAAAGUUCUUUAUUUUUUUAAUUGGUCAUGAACAAAUAUGUUUUAAUUUAGGCUGUAUGAUUUUUUUACGCUUUUAUUUUAAAUACUUCGAUUAACAAUGAGCCACAAUGACAGUGUAUGUAAGAAAGAGAUCGUGUGAGGUAAUUUUACUUUAUUGUACUAAUGUAAAUAAAAAUAUUUUCAUUGUUGUAUGAGUUAGUUUUAGAAAUGGAAUUACUAUUUUCCUUGGAUUUUUUAAUCGAAGUAUUUACAACGUUUGUACAGGCGUAGUUUUUUUAGUUACCUAACAAUGACAUAUAGAAAUUAGUUUUAUGGUGUGUUUGUAUUAUUUUCGCUUUGAGCUGUACAGUUUUGUUUGCAUUAUUAAUUUAUUGUCAUACGUAGAUAAAAGUGAGAUGUCGAAAAUCCAUAUUUUUAGAUGCAUUUAGAACUUAGGUAAUAUAGAAUAAUAAUUAAAUGUUCCUAAGAAUCAGACUAUUAAUUACUAAAAAUACUUGAGGGGAUACAGUUAGCAUUUUAAUAUUGUUUUAAUAGAAAUCUUUAAGAAUCCUAUUAGAACAUAGGAUUUGAUGAAAGUUUUGUGCCAAACAAAAUGACCUCGUUAAUGAUAAGAGAUAUUGAAAAUAUUUCAAUGCACAGCAAUACAGAAAUUGAAUUUUUCUAAUUCAUAAAAAAAAUCUGUUAUAAAAUAAUUUAAAAUGUACUAAAAAACAUGUCUACCGUAUUAAAAUUUAAAUCAAAGUAUGCAAAGCGUACUAAUCAGUUUCUUAUCUAAUAAACACGAUAGUUCUUUGUCGUAAUAACAUCUCUUUCACACUUUUUAAUCUAUGAUUUUUCCCCCGCUCUGAUGUGUCUGCUUCUCACCACAUACUCUUUGCCACUUAUCUUUUUUUAGGAAGAUACUAUCAAAAGCAAUACAGCAUUAACAAAAUUGUCUCCUUUUACUGUCUUUUUUCUUAAUAUACUGGUAUGUUUUUUUUUUUAAAGAAAUCGACGAAAAUACUCAAACCCUGAACGGUUGUGAAAUAAAUUUGUAUAACAGCUAUAGUUUUACAGAAAUGUAUAUAAAGGCAAUAAUUACUUAUUAAUGAAAAGUGAAUAAUUUAUUAUUAAACAAUGUCCAUUUGUGGCUGCUAACUCGUAAAAUAUAGAUAUUUUAUAAUAACUGUAGAACCAUUUAAUGUAAAAUUUUUAAAAUAAUUUAUUUUACACAAAGGUCCAUGCUUUCUAUUUGAAUACAUUUAAUAUUUCUCUGCCUUUCCAAUUCUAUUCUAUUAUAAUUGCUCAAUAAUUGUUAAAGUACUAACUUUUACCUCGCAAAUAUGAUACUUCCUCAGAUUUAUUGCUAAAUUCUAAUGUAUUCACUUUGUAUUUCUGUUUCUGUUUACAAAAGGGAAGGACAGAGAUGACAAUAUUUGUACCGAGUGUUUCGGCACUGUUCAGUGAUCUGUAUAAAUGGACCAUCAUUACAAACUGCGACGUCACCGGCAGAUGGCGAAAAUCAAAUAGACACUUACCAUUUGUUAUCUGUCCAUUUACACAGGUUAAAGGCACUUGAAGUAAUAAAAUCCUCAAGAUAUUUUGUUUUCGACUGUACUCGAUAUCAUUUUAGAGUUUUUAGUUUUAAUUUGAAUUCAGUUGUUUUUUGAGUAAAUAUUUUACAUGUGCGCUUUUAUGUUUGUGAAUUAAAUUAAUUCGUGUAUUUCGUGAUAUUUAGCUAUUUUUAUACGUUGUAAUUUCAUCAUUCCUUUUGCAGUUAUGGAUAAUUUUAUAUCUCGUAAUUUGUAUUGUGUGAUCAAGGAAGCAUAAUAAUUUUAAUUAAAAGAUUACUUUCAAUAUCAUUUUAAAAAUGUUUCAUAAGUUUUUU